AGGUUCUCUAAAGAUCAUCCUUCACCAUGACAACCAGUAUGGAGGUGCUGGCUCAGCAGAUAGUGGAAACACAGCAGGUGGCUGAGGUGCAAACAGUACAGACAACAUUAUCUGAAUCUCCAGUGAUGACCAGCCCCUCCCAACGUAUCCAGAUCAUCUCCACAGACUCCUCUGUAGCUUCACCACAGCGUAUUCAGAUUGUCACAGAUCAGCAAACAGGGCAGAAAAUCCAAAUAGUGACAGCAGUGGACUCAUCCGUGUCCCCAAAGCAACAGUUUAUAUUGGCUAGUCCAGAUGGAACAGGAACAGGGAAAGUGAUCCUGGCUGCACCUGAGGCCUCUAAUGCCAAGCAACUUAUUUUUACCACAACAGAUAACAUCGUACCAGGAAGAAUACAGAUUGUGACAGACUCUGCCUCUGUGGAACGUUUGUUGGCUAAAACUGAUGUUCAGCGACCACAAGUAGUUGAAUAUUGUGUUGUCUGUGGAGACAAAGCAUCAGGUCGUCACUAUGGUGCUGUCAGUUGCGAAGGAUGCAAAGGCUUCUUUAAAAGGAGCGUGAGGAAAAACCUGACCUAUAGUUGCCGUAGCAACCAGGAUUGUAUCAUCAAUAAACACCAUCGGAAUCGCUGCCAGUUUUGUCGGCUAAAAAAAUGUCUUGAGAUGGGAAUGAAAAUGGAAUCUGUACAGAAUGAAAGGAAGCCUUUUGAUGUGCAGAGGGAGAAACCAACCAAUUGUGCUGCUUCAACAGAAAAAAUCUAUAUCAGAAAAGAUUUGAGAAGUCCUCUAAUUGCAACUCCGACCUUUGUAGCUGAUAAAGAUGGAGCUAGAUCAGCUGGUCUUCUUGAUUCAGGGAUGCUUGUAAAUAUUCAGCAGCCGCUAAUACGGGAUGAUGGUACAGUUCUCUUGGCUACAGAUUCCAAGGCUGAGACAAGCCAGGGUGCCUUGGGAACACUAGCAAACGUUGUAACGUCACUUGCCAGUCUAAAUGAGUCACUUAAUAAUGGUGACACUCCUGAAGUCCAGCAAGAAGACCAAUCCGCAAGUGAGAUAACUCGAGCGUUUGAUACUUUGGCUAAAGCACUUAAUACGACAGAUGGUGCUGCAGCUCAGAAUCUAGCUGAUGGGAUGGAUCCCACAGGUGGUGGGAAUAUUCAUGUAAUCAGUAGAGAUCAGUCUACGCCAAUCAUUGAAGUUGAAGGACCCCUACUUACAGAUACUCACGUGACAUUUAAGUUAACAAUGCCUACUCCCAUGCCAGAAUACCUGAAUGUGCAUUACAUUUGCGAGUCAGCGUCCCGACUACUUUUCCUUUCUAUGCACUGGGCUAGAUCCAUCCCUGCUUUUCAAGCACUAGGGCAGGAUUGUAACACGAGCCUUGUGCGUGCCUGUUGGAACGAGUUGUUCACCUUAGGCCUUGCACAGUGUGCACAGGUGAUGAGCCUGUCAACUAUCCUGGCAGCCAUUGUCAACCACCUGCAGAACAGCAUACAGGAAGAUAAACUUUCCGGAGACCGAAUAAAGCAAGUGAUGGAACACAUCUGGAAACUUCAGGAGUUCUGUAACAGCAUGGCUAAGCUUGAUAUUGAUGGAUACGAAUAUGCUUACCUUAAAGCUAUAGUCCUGUUUAGUCCUGACAAUCACCCCCAAAUGGUGGAAAAUGCAAAAGUGACCAGAAAGUCUAUUGUGUGGAUCUACUUUCCAAUAAACACUGAGAAAACGAAAGAUCACCCUGGUCUAACAAGUUCUAGUCAGAUAGAAAAAUUCCAAGAAAAAGCUCAGAUGGAAUUACAAGACUACGUUCAAAAAACCUAUCCAGAAGAUACGUACAGGCUAGCCCGUAUUUUAGUUCGCCUCCCAGCACUUAGACUAAUGAGCUCUAGCAUUACCGAAGAACUCUUUUUUACUGGGCUCAUUGGAAAUGUUCCGAUUGACAGCAUCAUCCCCUACAUUCUGAAAAUGGAAACAGCGGAAUAUAACGGCCAGAUAACAGGCUCCGCUUCCUAGAAGGGAUCAGCGCGUCUUGAUGGAUCUGAAUAAUCACGACUCACUGGUUAACUUGCAUAAUAUGUAUAAAUAUUUCCGAUACGUUGCAUUUCCCUG